AUGUUCGAGCUCACUCGUAACAAGGUCAGAACCAACCAGCUCGUCUCGGUCGGCGCGGCGGCAGUUAGCCUCGUCUGCUGUCUCACCAUCCUCCUCACGGCCGCGUGGGUAUGGACGGUGCGCAGCGCGCGCGUCUUCCUCGACCGUGUCAGCUUUCGGCUACUUCUGAGCUGCCUGGUGUGGGAGAUUGUCUAUGAUGUCAACUAUAUUUCGGUCGUCCUCGCCGCCAGGCCCAACCACGCCUGCGCUGUUGGCAUCUACUUUAUGAUCGGAACACUAAGCGUCGUCAACUUCCUCUGCACGUGCAUCGCUAUCAAUCUCUUUGUGACGAUUGUGCUGGGACUGAAUCCAAUCCGAAUGGGCCUCGAAAGGUGGUAUAUUGGCUGCUCGAUCUUCCUGGGCCUGUUCAUUCCAAUCAUCCCUGCGGCACUCGGGCAUUUUGGAUGGGACCCAUUGUACCAUGUCUGUUGGAUCAAGUCAUCGCAGAGAGUCCGCGUUACAAACUUUGUGCUCGACCUGUAUCUGUGGCAGCUGCUGUCAUGCUUGGUCGCUACCGUUUGCGUCGCAAUUACGUUAUUCAAGCUGUUCCGGCAGGGCCGAGCGACGUCCCGCGCUCUGUUCGGCGGCGACAGCCUCAACUUUGAGAUGUCCUCCGACUCGACUGAUGACACCGAUGGUCAUGGCAAGGGGCGCAGACGUUUCUUCCGCGGUCGGAGGAACAGCGUCAAGCGCGAGCGCAUGUUUGGGCACCUAGAGGACCGGUUCGUGUCCAUUGCGAUCCGCGUGUCACUCUACCCCAUUACGCUCGUGAUUGUCAACAGCGUCAUUGCAAUCGGCGACCUGUACAUCUCGCUCCAAGGCGGUGUGCAUUCGCGGGCUGUGUAUGGGCUGUACUGCGUGUACUACCUGUUCUACGGCGUGCGCGGCGUUUGCUUUGCCAUGUUGGCGGCCUUUGUCGACCCCUGUCUCCGCAAGGGCUUUCGCGCCGCGUACCGGGAAAAAUUCGGCUCAGGUGCGCUCAAUAAUCACAAGGGCACGGACCCAAGCUGGUCCCUACCUGAGCCCAACGGAUGCAUCGCGCCCCUCGGGAGUGUGAUGGAUCCCUCCAGCACAGCAACGAACGAGCUCGACCUCACCCAGCUGGGUAUUACCGUACCACCAGCCGUGGCGAGCAGGGAGAGCGUAGACUCGGACACGUCAAUGGACGUGCUGCAGGCGCUAUUUGCUUCAGAACCUCCACCAGACACCAGAGGACGAAACUCUUCUCGUUCUGAAAGCCGUCGCGGCGGCUUCCACCCUCACCUGCCACAUUUCAAUCCAUACCUUCCGCAUUUGCAUCUGCACAUGCCGAACCUCAAGAAUCUGCCCUGGUUCUUACGCCGACACUUGGAGAAGGAGGCCGAGGCGGUGCAGGUCGACAUUGAGGCUGCGGCCGAACCGACGCCCAUUGUACCCAUCUCGCCGGCGGCAACACCAGUCAACUACACGAACGUGUUCACAGGAGUGCCACCUGAAGCGAUGCCUUCAUGGCUCGACGACGCGGCAGACGACAUUGUCGCUCCCGAGUCCCUGGCCGCCGCGCAGAUACAGGCGCACCAGACCCUGGUAGCCGAUGCGGAGGCGCUGGACCGCGCGCUGGCACGAGUAGAGACGGAAGAGCAGGAGCGCGAGAGAGAGAGGGAGCGGAGAGAAGACAAGCGUCCCUCUCCCCGCUCACCUGUUGGUUCCGCCCCCACCCCUCCACCAGCCGCCAUACUCAACCAGGCCCUCUCAGGCCUGGGGCAGGGCAUGGCGGCGGUCAUGGGCCCUUCCGUCGGCCUGAAUAUGGGCCGCCGCAGUUCAGCGUCUUCCCAUUUCUCUGGUGGCAGCAGCGCCCGCGACCCCGCAAGCUUCAGUGCUUCGAUAGCUGGCAGCCCGGCGUCGCCUGGUCUUCGUCCCAGCUUGAGAGGCGCACGGCCCCGCUGGAACGCCGGCGGGCGGCGCGAGAGCUUGGCCGAACCACAAUCACCACGCCACCUCAAUGAUCCGAGAGUGAGACGGCAGGCGACGCUUGCGUUGGCCGAGAAGCUGUACGAGGAGAUGGAGGCGCAGUUGUGA